AUGGAUUCAUGUGCCUCUAUCCUUCUCCUUUCCCCUCUUGUAGAGCGAGAAGAUCAGAAAGACCAUGGCGAUUCUUUUUUGCUCCCAUCAUUUCUUCAGAAACAACCCUACGUACCCAUGAAUUUCAUUUGGCCAAAAGGGGACCUAGUGGAAGCUCAGCAAGAGCUUAAAGCGCCCAUAAUUGAUCUUGAGGGUUUCCUUAAGGGUGAUUUGGUGGCAACAGAGCGUGCUGCAAUGCUCAUUAGGGCAGCUUGCUUGAGCCAUGGUUUCUUCCAAGUAACCAACCAUGGGGUUGACCCUUGUCUCAUCAAGACUGCACAUGAUCAUAUGGAUCAGUUUUUUAAGCUUCCUAUUAGCAUGAAGCUUAGGGCUAAGAGAAUUCCUGGUUGUAUGUGGGGCUAUUCUGGUGCUCAUUCUGAUCGUUUUUCAUCAAAAUUGCCUUGGAAGGAAACACUAUCCUUCGGCUUUCAUGAGAAUGACUCAGACCCUGUUGUGGUAGAUUUCUUUAAAUCCACCCUAGGGAAGGAUUUUGAAAAAACAGGAAUGGUAUACCAAAAAUAUUGUGAAGCAAUGAAGGACUUAUCACUUGCAAUCUUGGAACUAUUGGCAAUCAGCCUGGGACUUCAUCCAUUGCAUUAUAAACAAUUUUUUGAAGAUAGUAGCUCCAUAAUGAGAUGUAACUACUACCCGAUUUGCCAACAGCCAGCCCUUGCCAUUGGCACUGGACCACAUUGCGACCCGACUUCCCUAACCAUUCUUCAUCAGGACCAAGUUGGAGGUCUUGAAGUGUUUGCCAACAACAAAUGGCAGACUGUUCGACCUUGUCAUGAUGCACUGGUCAUUAACAUCGGUGAUACCUUCAUGGCAUUAUCGAAUGGGAGAUACAAGAGUUGCCUCCAUAGGGCAGUGGUUAACAGUUACAAUGAGAGAAAAUCGUUGGCAUUCUUUCUGUGCCCACGAGAAGACAAGGUUGUGAGACCCCCUGAAGAUCUUGUACGUCUUGAUGGGACAAGAAAGUACCCAGAUUUCACAUGGUCAGAUUUGCUCCAAUUCACACAGAAACACUACAGAGCUGAUGAAGCUACCCUCCAAAACUUCACUAAAUGGCUCCUAUCUUCUGAACCAGUUGAUGUCUAG